AUGGCAUUGUUGGUGGCAUCCAAAACUAGUGAUUUCGAAGAUCCAAUGCUUGUCAAGCUUGAGUCAGCACGUUCUGAUUUAGAAGCUCUCCUUCGAGCUUCAGAGGAAAUGGAAGAAAACAUGGGAAUGAUGGAGACAAGGUUUGAUCUUUUACAAGGAUCAUUGUCUACAGCAUCAAGAAGAAUCACCCCUUUGCAAUCCUUGGCCAUGUCAAGGAAAGCACUUGAUACAAGAAUCAACAGAGCCAUUUCUCCUGCUCUUGCACUCAUUGACACCUUCAAGCUCACAGAGUCUCUACAGAACAAUCUUCUUGAUCUCUCAUCAAAACUAUCAGCGGAGAAGACACAACCAAAACGGCUCCAGAAGCUUCUCGAUUACAUGAAUUGCGUGGAUCAGUUAAACGAGGCCAUUAACUCCAUAUGCCAAGAGGUUGAGCCAGUGAUACAGAGGCUUCAGGAGGUGGUGGAGUUCAUAAGCAGAACAAAGGCUGCGGAUCAAUACAGAACACAGAGGCUACGAGAGGCACUUAUCACUCUCAAAGCACUUUACGAAACCGAAGUUGAUGGCAUGAGAUUUGAGGGUUUGCUAGACCAGGCUUUGCUUCAUAUGCAGGAUGAGUUUGAGGCUUUAUUACUGAAAAUGAAGCAUCGGAGCCUAGAAGAUAUGUCACGCGAACAUGCUGAUAAUGACACUGACCAUGUCAAGGUUGGCUGCGAAUUGGGCUCAGAACUGGAAAUUGCAGUCUUGAGACGAAUUUCAUCCACUCUUGCUGCCAAUGAUUGCCUAGAUAUAUGUAUUGACAUCUACCUCAAGGUAAGAUAUAGAAGGGCUGCCAAAGCACUAAUGAAGCUAAACCCUGAUUACCUGAGAACAUAUACACCAGAAGGAAUCGAUGAAAUGGAGUGGGAAAGCUUGGAAACAGGGAUAACCCUUUGGAUCCAACACUUCGAAGUAGCUGCAAAGAAAGUUCUCCUCUCAGAAAAGAAACUCUGCGAAAGAGUUUUGGGUGAAAUCAUGGACGGACUAGUCUGGCCAGAAUGCUUCGUGAAAAUAUCAGACAAGAUCAUGGCCGUGUUCUUCCGGUUCGGAGAAGGUGUUGCCAGAAGCAGCAAAGAGCCUCAGAAGCUGUUCAAGCUAUUGGACAUGUUCGAAUCCUUAGAGAAACUCAAACCCGAGAUCUUUGAAAUCUUUGAUGGCGAAGCUGGUGUUGAUAUCUGCACGCGGUUCAGGGAGCUUGAAAAGCUCAUAAUCGAUGCUUCAAGCAAAGUUUUCUGGGAUUUUGGUUUGCAAAUAGAAGGGAACACUGAUGGCAUUCCACCCCCACAAGAUGGUUCCGUUCCAAAACUAGUAAGAUACGCCAUUAACUACCUCAAGUACCUUGCCACAGAGAAUUACAGAACAACCAUGGUUAAGGUUCUCCGAACAGAACAAAUAUGGAAAGCUGGGAUAUUAUCCAAACCUGAAACGGACGAGAAUUUGUUAAAGCAUGCCAUUUGCAAUGUCAUGGAAGCACUUCAAAGAAACAUCGAGUCUAAACGUUCUUGUUGUAGGGACAAGGUCAUGAUUCAUGUUUUUACAAUGAACACUUACUGGUACAUCUAUAUGAGGACAAAAAACACAGAGCUUGGUGAUUUAUUAGGCGAGCAAUAUAUGAAGGAUGGUUACAAGGCAGUGGCAGAAGAAUCAGCUUACAUGUAUCAGAAGCAAGCUUGGGGAGUUUUGGUGAGGAUUUUGGAUACAGAGGAUAUGAGGGAACAAGGGAAGGAAACUAUUGGAAGGUUAGUGAUGGAAAAGAUUGAGGCAUUCUUCAAGUGUUUGAAUGAGAUUUGUGAGAGGCACAGAGGGUGUUAUAGUAUACCAGAUGUUGAUUUGAGAGAACAGAUAAGAGAAGCAACAAUGAAGCUUGUGGUGACAGCUUAUGCCAAGUUCUUGGAGUCUUACUCGGGAGUGUUGCAGAGGAAAGGGUAUUUGAGUCCUGAGAGGUUGCAAGGGUUGGUUGGGAAGGCUUUUGACGGUGGUGAUGUGAAGUUGAAGCGGCGGAGCUCUAAUAAUGAUCGGAAUGUUGGACGUAACUCUGCUGCCUCUUUGGAGGGUGAUAUCAUUAUCAGGGAUUUUAGACGGUCCAGAUCAGGCAAUGUAGAUGUUUGA